ACAUUGAAAAGCUGUGUUCUUUGAUGAAAGAUACCAAACAAAGCUCACAGUAUGAUAUCGCGUGACUAUAUAGGGUUGGUCCACUCUAUCCCCCGGGCCUCAAUGCGAUUCCCCGGCACUCGAGGACCCACCUGUAAUUUGCCAUGUCCACAAACUCGCAGGCACAGAAGUCUGCGAGCGAUGCCUCUGUGCAUUUAGCCCUGGCAUCAUUCACCCUAGUGGUCUACGAUCACAUUAUCACGCUCUCUCAAGAGAUAACCUUCUUCUGGGUCGGGCCAUGGUCAACUUCAAGAAUACUAUAUCUCAGUGUAACGCAGUCAAUGACUUAUAUUCUGCCGCUGGUGCUUAAUCGUGGAUUUAAUAGAUCCGAUACUUGGCUCUAACACAAAUGGCGUGCGUGUUUGAUUCUAUCUCAUAACAUCGCCUCAGUUGAUGAGA